CUUAACCAGGAAGGUUACCGCUCGCGACACGGAUAUUGCGUAUGUCCCCUGCGCCAACGUGCACACGAUAAAGCACCCGGACGCCAAAGAGCAGCGAGGUCAUGUGGCCUCUCUUUUGGAUGGCGGCACGGACCUACGGCCCUUACGUCACCUUCCCUGUGGCCUUUGUAGUGGGAGCAGUGGGCUACCACCUGGAGUGGUUUAUCAGGGGGACCCCUAAACCCCGAGAGGUGAAGAGCAUCCUGGAGCUGAGGGAGGACAGGAAGCUGGAAGAACAAGAGGGUAUGGACAGCACCCAGGUGCUUAGCCUGAAAGAGAAACUGGAGUUCACGCCGAGAGCCGCUCUGAACCGGAACCGACCUGAGAAGAGCUAACCCGUGUUGCUGUGAGAGACAUGUACUUACCGGUACUAGUGCAUUGGGUGACACGGAAGGCAAAAACACCUAUUCUUCCCAUUUACCUCAGCCACACGUCCUCACUCAUGCGUCAUCUCGCCUGUGUACAUAUCUGCUACAUUUUAGAUGUCACAGGGUAAUUUAAAAAGUAACACAUUUGGUCUUUUAUUGAGUCAAACACUCCUUAUAUGUGAUUGUUUGACCUUCUCCUUGAUGUCACAUGAGCCGGUUCAUGCAAUGAUCAAUAACUAAAUUAACAUACUAUGAUUAAAACUCCGAAAACGUUGAGCCUCGGGGUGUCCAAGCUUUGAACAGAUGACAGGGUUUGGUGGGAAUCUGUUUUAUGUACAGUUGUGUUAUUACACGCAUGUUAUUGUGUCUCUGCUGUUAAAUCACACACAAAUAAUGCAGGAGAUGUCAAAGAUGCAAAUAAUGUUCAAGUUCCAAGCCUGUCAAAAAGUUGGUCCUUUUAAUCAAAUCGGUAUGUAUUUUUUGUUUACAAAGGACUGAUUGUGAACAUAAAAGCGAAAGAAGAGAGGAGAGACGGGUCUUUGUUGUAGUUCUUUUUUUAUCUCAUGUAACCGUUUGAUGGUAUGUGACAAAAUAAGCCAACAAUGUGGGAGGUCUUUCAGGAUGUUUAAGCUGCUUAAAGUCCUAUUGUCUGGAAAAUCUACACACAGCUUUCAUUUUAGAAAGUCUGGAUGGUUUUGCACAUCACUCAUUCUAAUUAUGUGUUGACCGAAGAAGAUAAAAACUGAUGAAUAAA